GGUUGAUUUUGAGAGGUGAGCAGGAGGCACCAGACUCGAUGAGUUUCCAUCGAAAUGUCGGAAAAGCCAAGCCAGACCGCAAAAGCAAAGGAUGGGAAAACAAAGUAUGCAACGCUCAGUCUAUUUAACACUUACAAGGGAAAAUCACUGGAAACACAGAAAACUACAGUUACUGCACGCCAUGGAUUACAGAGUCUUGGGAAAGUUGCCAUUUCACGAAGGAUGCCUCCCCCCGCUAACCUCCCUAGUCUCAAAGCAGAGAACAAAGGCAAUGAUCCUAAUGUAAACAUUGUGCCUAAAGAUGGCACAGGAUGGGCUUCUAAACAAGAACAGCACGAGGAGGAAAAACCGCCAGAAGUGCCGCAAGUGCAGCCAAAACCUGUAGCUCCCGCUCCUCCAGAAGUAGCUCCUGUUGCCAAAUCAUGGGCCAGUACCAAGCCAGGUGGGCAAGGCGAUGGUCCAAGUGUCCCCGUAAAUAGUUAUUUCCAGCAAGAGUUUCCCAGUCUGCAGGCAGCCGGGGAUCAGGAAAAGUCAGGCAAAGAUAAAGACACACCUGAAGAGCCGUAUGGACCUGGACCCAGUUUACGGCCACAAAGUUCCUUCCAAGCAGAUGUUGCUAGUUGGCGAGAAGGUGGAGGUAAGAAUCUGAACACCCCAAAUUCUCCAACUGAUCAAGAAGUUAAGCCUGUUGCCCAGGAAGAUGGUAAUACAGCGGGACCAGUAGAACAAAAUGAUGUCCCCAAGGCAGCAGAGAAGAAGGAAAUACGGGUACCACAGCCACCUCAGCCUUCUGUACAUGAGAGGGGCGGCUCUGCACUUCAUCCAAAAUCUGUUCAACAGCACCCGCCUCCAGAUCGCCAGGCAGGACCUGGAAGACAAGGCCCCUUACCCCCUAAACUGGUCCCAGAUGAAGAUGAAAUUUGGAAGCAGAGGCGAAGACAACAAGCAGAAGUUUCAGCAGCCGUGGAGCGAGCCCGUAAGCGGCGAGAGGAGGAGGAGCGCAGAAUGGAAGAACAAAGAAAAGCAGCUUGUGCUGAGAAGCUAAAACGGUUAAAUGAGAAAUUUGGCUGCGUGACCAAACCGUCCCGGGAAGACCCGCUGAAGGAGAGAGACAGGGAGAGGGAGAGAGAGAAGGAGAGGGAAAGAAUUGCAGUGAAAACUUUGUGCCAUUUACAGUGGCAGGUAAAGCGCGAAAGAGAAAGGGAGGAGAGGGAAAGGGAGCAGGAAAGAGAGAAGGAGCAGGAAAGGGAAAAAGAAAAGGAGAAGGAGCAGGAGAAGGAAAUAGAAAAGGAGGAGAAAGCACAGGAACAGGAGAUUCAAAGAGAGGCGGAAAAGGAGGAGAAAGAGGAAACAGAAGAGAAACCAGAUCCUGUACCUCCGGAGCCUCAAGAACCAGUGCUAGCACCGGUAAUAGAAAAACAAGAAAGUGAAAGCAGCAGUACUAAGGAAGAGAAAGAAGGUCAGCCAAUUUUUACCCAACAAGACAGUGUUCGGAAUGAAAAAGAGAGAUCGCAGGUGGAUCAUGAAAGCGAACUGGAUUCAGGCUCUCAGCCUCGACCUGCUGUUUCCUCGGGCUACUCUAAGCAGUUUCAGAAGUCGCUGCCACCAAGAUUCCAGAGGCAACAAGAGCAGAUGAAACAGCAGCAGUGGCAGCAGCAGCAGGGGGUACUGCCACCGUCUGCCCCAUCGCAACCUUCCAGUGGCCCUGUCCCUCCUCCCCAGCAUAGACCCCUUUACCAGCCAAUGCAACCGCAUCCUCAGCAUUUAGCUUCUAUGGGCUUUGAUCCACGCUGGCUUAUGAUGCAGCCUUACAUGGACCCACGAAUGAUGUCAGGAAGGCCUGCUAUGGAUAUGCCUCCUAUACAUCCAGGAAUUAUGCCUCCCAAACCAUUAAUGAGAAGGGACCAGCUGGAAGGGUCAGCAACUGGGUCAGAUUCAUUUGAACAUAUUGCUCGAUCAGCAAGAGAACAUACUGUACCACUGUCCGAGCCCCGCAUGAGGUGGGGUUCAGAUCCAUAUCCCCAUGCAGAACCUCAACAGGCUAGUACUCCUCCUAAAGUGCUAGAAGAGCCUGAGGAUUUGAGGCCUGAAGCACAUUUGGAAGAAGAACCAAUUGCUGUUACUGCUGCUUACCCUGUGGAACACAGCCAGUUGGAUUCUCAUCAAAAGACAGACUUUUUUAGAGAACCAGAUGAUGUGGAUGUACAAAAAUUCCCAAUCAGGUCUUUGGAAGAGGUGCAACCCCUCCAAACUGACACACCUACCCCAGCAGUUAGCUUUGAAGUGGCUGAUGAGAACAUUAUACAUAGCGCUCAGGAAGAGCUGGUACCUGUAGGAGAGAGUCAUUCUGCUUUGAAGAGAAGCGUUUCCCAUGGUUCAAGUCAUUCUCUAAAAUCAGAAGAGCAGAAGAAUGAGACAAUACCAAAUGUCCCUAAAAUAAGUAGUAGAUAUGCCGAGACAAAGGAGCCAGUAGAAAGGUCAGAGAUUAAACCAAAAAAAGAAGGUUUCAUGAGUAAUAGAAUAUCAGAAGGACCAAAAUCUGAAAAGCCUUUCAAGCCUAAAUCUGAAACCAGGUGGGGUCCCAGGCCAGGCUAUGGUAGAAGAGAAGAAGGUAGCGAUAGACCGAUAAGAAGAUCUGGCCCUAUUAAAAAACCUGUUCUUCGAGAUAUGAAAGAAGAGCGUGAGCAGAGGGAAGAACGUGAGCAGAGGAAGGACAAGGAAGGAGAAAAAACGCCUAAUGAAAAAGCUGGGAAGUCUGAAAAGACAGAAAAGAAGGAGCAGGUACAACCGUCUCCUCCCCAGUCAGAGCCAGAAAAGCCCCCUGCGGACAGUGUUGCUCCACCUAAAAAGAUUGUUCAAGAGACGGCUCUAAUUUCUGAAAGUACAGAUAGCAGCCAAGCUGAGUCGACACUUAAACCUGUGCCCCAGCAGCCUGCACCAGGUCAGCCGCCUGCUGUUCAGCAGCCAUCACCUGCCGUCCAGCCUCCACCUGUGCAGCAACCUGUGAACUCCGUUAAGGAAGAAAAACAACCCGAGAAAGUUGCUGGCAAAGAGCACGUUGUAGAGAAGCCUCGCCUAGAGACCAGGCCAGUGAGGCGAGAGGCUGGUUUGCCACCCAGAACAUAUUGGAAAGAGGCUCGGGAUAGAGACUGGUUCCCAGAUCAGGGAUAUAGGGGUAGAGGCCGCGGAGAGUAUUAUUCUAGGGGUCGCAGCUACAGAGGUUCUUACGGAGGACGAGGACGAGGUGGUAGAGGCCAUAAUAGAGACUAUCCACAUUAUAGAGAGACUAAGCCUAGGGCAGACCACGUGCCUUCAGGACCUCUUAGGCAGAGAGAAGAAAGUGAAACUCGCAGUGAGAGUUCCGAUUUUGAAAUAGUCCCUAAACGGCGAAGACAGCGAGGUUCAGAAACGGAUUCUGACUCCGAAGUUCACGAAAGCGCUAGUGAUACUCUUCUUUCCGACAAAGACAGUUUGAGCAAAGGUAAACACCCCAAGAGAGAAGAGAGAGCUGAUAGCAAGAAACCGCCAAAGCCUCUGCUGUCCUUCAAACCUGAAAACAACGUCCGAGUAGACAACAGAUCCCUAGAGAAAACGUACCUCCGGGGGGACGAGGAGAAUAAACCAAAACCAGGGUUCCUUCCUAAAGGAGAGCCUUCAAGACGCGGCAGAGGAGGAAUGUACAGACGUGGUGGUAGGGAUCCAGGCGGGCGCCCACCACGACCAUCGACGCUAAGGAGGCCAGGCUAUAGAGAGAACCAGUGGAAUCCAAGGCAGAUGGAGACCAUUAAACCAGAAGAGGAGGAGCCACCAAGAAGGCAUGAACACUAUGGUCCUGUGCCCAUGGAUAAGAGACCCCCAAAGUUUGAGAGGAAGUUUGACCCUACUAGAGAGAGGCCUCGACGGCAAAGGCCUGCGCGUCCACCGAGGCAAGACAAGCCACCACGCUUUAGACGCCUAAAAGAAAGGGAGGCUGCAUCAAAAAUCAACGAAGCAGCAACUAGCUUACCGGCAAACGCUACAGUUGUUAAUGCAGCUAAUGAAGCGUCCAGCGCUGCUUUGGAAAUUUCAGGGAGUAAGACACCAGACUUGUCCAAUCAAAAUUCUUCAGACCAGGCCAAUGAGGAAUGGGAAACUGCCUCAGAAAGUAGUGACUUCAAUGAGAGGCGAGAGAGGGAUGAGAAAAAAAUGGCAGAUCUGACCACGCAAGUAGUGGCCAAAGCAGGAGAAAAUGUGUUAGCCCCAAAAAGAGAAAUAUCUAAGCGAAGUUUCUCCAGUCAGCGGCCUGGAGUAGAUCGCCAGAAUCGCCGUUGCAACAAUGGGCCACCCAAGGCUGGAAGGAAUUUCUCAGGGCCUAGAGGUGAAAGGCGAAGUGGUCCUCCAUUAAGAAGUGGAAAAAGAGGGCCAUUUGAAGACCAAGCAGGAAGCAUAACAGCUGUAGAUCCCACCAUCAGUAAUUCCUUACAUCAAGAAGAAGUUGGUAGUGCUGCAAUGCCAAAGACCUCCAAGGAUGCCAGUGGCAAAAAGAGGGAAGAGCCCAAACUAGGUCCGAAGAAACCCAAGGAGAAGGUGGAUGCUCUUUCCCAAUUUGACCUCAACAACUAUGCAAGUGUUGUGAUCAUUGAUGACCACCCAGAAGUGACAGUAAUUGAAGACUUUCCAUCUAAUUUGAAUGAUGAUGGCUUUACGGAAGUGGUGUCAAAGAAACAACAAAAACGUUUGCAAGAUGAGGAGCGCAGAAAGAAGGAAGAACAAACCGUGCAGGUUUGGACCAAAAAGAGUUUGGGUGAAAAAGGCAGAGGUCAGAAUUCCAAGCUUCCUCCCAGAUUUGCAAAAAAGCAGCAGCAGCAGGCGGCGGCAGCGGCAGCAGCAGCACAGCAGGCCCAAGCGCAGGCCCAAGCGCAGGUGCAACAGCCUCAGAGUGCAUCCCAGCCAAGAAGCCAGCCACAGGUGUCAGUUCAGCCUCAGAGCCAGACAACAGGAGGACCGAGCAGCACAGAAUAUGCAGCAACAGGCAAAGCUCUGCAAAAUGCCCAGGCCCAUCCUGCCCUCGGGAGUGAACUGUGGGAAAAUAAGGUGGCAUCCACAGCUGUUGUUAACGACAUCUCCAAGAAAUUGGGACCCAUUAGUCCACCGCAGCCCCCUUCAGUCAGUGCAUGGAAUAAGCCUCUGACAUCAUUUGGGUCAGCUACAUCUCCAGAGGGAACAAAGCCUGGACAAGAAAGUGGAGUUGAGCUCGGAAUAGAAACUAUUCAGUUUGGAGCUCCCGCUUCCAGUGGUAGCGACAGUGAAGUUGGCCCUGUGCUUUCGGAGAAGCCAACUGACAAAAUACCUGAACCAAAAGAGCAAAGACAAAAGCAGCCUCGGGCAGGACCCAUCAAAGCACAAAAGCUUCCAGACUUGAAUCCAGUAGAAAACAAAGAAUAUAAGCCUGGUCCUAUUGGGAAAGAGCGCUCGCUAAAGAACAGAAAGGUGAAGGAUGCCCAGCAGGGAGAGCCCGAGGUGCAGGAGAAGCCCAGUACCACUGCUGUCAGGAGUCCAGACCCUGUUUCGACAAAAGAAACUAAAGCUGCAAAUGAACUGAGCACUGAAAUAGGAACGAUGAUCUCGGUGUCUGCUCCAGAGUUUGGAACUAAUACAAAGGAGUCUGUGACAGACUACACUACACCUUCUUCUCAUCCUAACACUGUGGCUGCUAGCAGUACAAAAAUGGAGGAGACUUUGGUGACUAAUGUGCCCUUGCCCCACACCCUUCCCCUCCCUAGGAGGGAGACUCUACAACAGAGCUCCAGCCUAACUCCAGUUUCUCCCGCUACCGUGGACCUCACCCUCAAGAUGGAGUCUGCCCGCAAAGCCUGGGAGAAUUCUCCAGGCAUGGGGGAGAAGGGCUCACCGAUAACCUCAACAGCAUCUCCCAUAGCCGGAGGCACCAGUGGAAGCAGCAGCAGCAGCAGCGGACCAAGCAGUGCCACUUACAGCUCUUUCUCAAGUGCAUCAAUGCCUCCUAUUCCUGUGGCCUCGGUUACACCUACAACCUCGUUGUCAGGAGCCGGAACAUACACUACCUCUUCCCUGAGUACAAAGUCUACAACCACCUCCGAUCCUCCUAAUAUCUGUAAAGUGAAACCACAGCAGUUGCAGACAAACAGCCUCGCUUCUGCCAGUCACUUCUCCCAGCUAAGCUGCAUGCCGUCUCUCAUUGCCCAGCAGCAGCAGAGUCCGCAGGUCUAUGUGUCCCAGUCUGCAGCAGGCCGCGAUGCCGGAGAGGGACAUCCAACCUCGGGGAUACUCGCACCCGUGUGGUUCAGGAGCCUGGUUAGCGAUCAGCAUUGCCCAAGUCCUGCAGCUCAGAUCCCAGCUUUCUACAUGGACACAAGCCACCUAUUCAGCACUCAGCAUGCCCGUCUGGCUCCACCGUCCCUGGCUCAGCAGCAAGGUUUCCAACCCGGACUGUCACAGCCUGCUUCCGUUCAGCAAAUUCCCAUCCCCAUCUAUGCACCUCUACAAGGACAACAUCAAGCCCAACUGAGUUUAGGGGCAGCACCUGCUGUUUCCCAAGCUCAAGAAUUGUUCAACUCCUCCUUACAACCUUACCGAUCGCAGCAAGCUUUUAUGCAAAGUGGUCUGUCUCAGCCAUCGCCAGUCGUUCUGUCUGGCACAGCCUUACACAACUUCCCAACAGUGCAGCACCAAGAACUUGCAAAGGCACAAUCAAGUCUUGCAUUUCAGCAGACUUCUAAUACUCAGCCUAUUCCCAUUUUGUAUGAACAUCAGCUUGGGCAAGCUUCAGGGCUAGGAGGCUCGCAGCUCAUCGAUACUCAUCUUCUCCAGGCCAGGGCUACUCUCACCCAGGCUUCAAGUCUAUAUUCCGGACAAGUCCAACAGCCUGGCCAGAGCAAUUUCUAUAAUACAGCUCAGUCUCCCAGUGCUCUUCAGCAGGUAAACUAUGGCAUGGUGACUGUACCUUUGCCCGGCUCUCAGCUUUCUUUGCCCAAUUUUGGAUCCACAGGGCAGCCCCUAAUUGCUCUACCCCAGUCUCUGCAGCCUCCACUGCAGCAUGCCCCACCGCAAGCUCAGGCUCAGAAUAUGAGCAGGCCUGCACAAGUGAGCCAGCCGUUCAGGGGGCUGAUCCCUGCUGGAGCUCCGCACAGCAUGAUUGCUGCUACUGGAAAGAUGUCAGAAAUGGAUCUAAAGGCCUUUGGAAGCGGCAUUGACAUUAAACCAGGAACUCCUCCAGUUACUGGUAGAAGCACCACUCCAACCUCCAGUCCUUUCCGGGCCGCUUCUACAAGUCCUAACAACCAGUCCAAUAAAAUGAACAGCAUUGUCUACCAGAAGCCGUUUCAGUCCGCAGCUCCCCCUUUGAGAAUGACACAGCCUUUUCCUGCACAAUUUGCACCCCAGGCAAAGCAGAGAGCCGAGGUCCUUCAGUCCACACACAGGUUUUUCUCUGAGCAGCAGCAGCAGCAGAGCAAGGCCAUCGGAGGCAAGGUGCACAAGGCGGACGACAGCGGAAGCAAACCCUCUGAGGCCAUGCCAGAUGCGCCAGGGGUCUGCCCGGACAAAGCGGAGGACAAGCCCGCCCCUGUGCCUGCUGCCGCCCCCAAACCUGUUCGGACUGGACCAAUCAAACCUCAGGCAAUCAAGACGGAAGAAACCAAAUCGUAAAGGCUGCGUUGCUGUGACGCUGGGGGGGAUGCGGCUGUAGUGUAACCCAAAGGGCAGCGCCGUGGUCUUCUCUGGCCCUUCCUGGCCCCAGACAGCAUGCAGGGACACAGAUGCCACUGGCAUUGACAAAACAGCUGCAGGUCCAAUAAAGCUCUCAGCCGCUUUGGGCUUGCAGCUUCCCUACCACAGCAUGAGGUCUGCUUUCGGUGGAGCGUAUGUGCGUCCCUUGGCACGUGCAUCUGCUUGCCCUCCAGACCCACAACAGGAGCCAGCACAGCGGGGGAGAGGUGCCUGGAAAGACACGAGACUCUUGUUUCCGUUCUCUGCUCUUCCUCCGCUACUGGUUCAUCUUUUACAAGCUGCCGGUCACGCAGCCUGCAGACAGCUAGUGCUGCGCAGAGGAAGGGGUGUGCCGGGGGGGCGGGGUGUUGGUGACUUGAGAUGCUGCUGGUUUGCAAUCAAGGAACAGUAAUUAAUGUAACUGGCAAGUCACCCAAAGUAGCUUAUCCUUCACGCGGCAUCAACCGGAGCAGACACACAGCGUCACGUUGCCCUACAAAGGCAGUCUGACUGCUCUUGCUUUUGUUUGCCAUGGUGAUGUAUUUAGAUCACAGCCAUGAAGUGUUGCUUGGCACACCCGCUCCUAACUAUGCCCCCAACCCCUCAGCUGCUCAGCCCUUGGAUUUGAAAGCCUGCAUUCAUAGUCACACCUCUGUUUGGCUCUCCUUGUGUGAAGCCAGUAGUCUUUCAACAGCUUGUGUCUGUAUCGAGCAGUGAGCUCUUAGAACUGUGCUGCUAGAUUAAAGAGAAACUGAGUAAAGCGAACCUUCUCCAAACAGGUGCAUUCUUCUGCCAGAGCCGCAUGGCACCUUCUUGCCAGCUGUGUUCUGGACAGUAGAAUCAAGUCAAAGAAUGCCUUUUUAAUUGUAGCCUCUAGUAAUCUAGCUGUAGGGCAGUACUGUAUGAUACUUCUGUGAAUGUAAGAUAUCCUGUACCUGCUUAUGAUAUGUAGUAGUGACUGUGACAUACCAGAGCUGUUUUUAAUAAUGUUUUCUUCCAAGACAAUGAUUGAGAAGCUAAUAAAAGGCACCAGGUACCACAUCAAUAACAGAAUUUGCUGGUUUUUUCUGUUUUUUGUUUAACUUUUUGGAAAGAAGUAUGCUGAAAGUCUAAUGUGUAUAAUUUUGUUCAGACAACUGCAGAAGCUGGAAAGGCUGUUGCUGCUAUCGAUGCCUAGUGAAUUGCUAUUGGUUAUCUUUUUAUAUAAAUAUAUAUAUGAUUUGAAUUUUUGGAAACUUUAGCUGUGAUGUCAACUUUGGAAAAAAGUAUCCCACUUGUACUGUGAGUUGGCAUUGUACAGAAAUUAACAGCCAUAUUGGUCUAGAAAUGUUCAACUUAAUUUUUUUUCCAUUUGUACAGGGGUUACACUGUAUUAAAUAUGUAAGGUCUUAUUUACAUGGGUUUGAUUACAGAAACUAAUAAAAUAUUCUCUAAA